CUUUCUUUCCAUUUCAAGUUGCCAAAAAAUAAAAAAAAUAAAAAAAUUCCUUUUUUCAUAUAAUUUCCCGUAAAAGAUAUAAAUCAGGAAAGGGAAAAAGACGAAGCGUCGGACGUCGCUGAUUCGACUCUGCGUCCGCCAUUGAUGAACUUUAUGUUUGGAGAAUUGAGAAAAGCAAAGAAACAAGGCAUCACCCAUGGCUUCCAACAUCAAUUCUAAGCCAGGGGUGCACACUCUUAGUGAUGUUGAAGAAACUGGAGAUAUGGAGCUUGGGACUCAAGUUGGCGAAGAUGAUAACUUGAUGGGGAAAGUGGUCAACAGUGAGGACGAGGCUUAUGCGUUAUACAAUGCUUAUGCAUUGAGAGUUGGCUUCAGUAUUCGGAAAGGGAAGGUCAGAUAUUUUACUGGUUCAAAGAAGAUACGCUCUCGUGAAUAUUUUUGUUCUAAAGAAGGUUUCAAAUUAGACGAAGAUCUUGAGGAGAAAAAAGUGAGAAGAUUAGAUACUAGAACUGGUUGCAAAGCGUUUGUCCGUUUUUCAAAUGAAGAUGGUCUUUGGAAGGUGGUUGCAUUUAACCCACAACAUAAUCAUGAGCUUGCAAUGCCAUCAGAAAAGCAUUUGUUAAAAUCUGCUCGACGUAUGCCAAUAUCUAAGGCGCAUGUUCCAGGAGUAGAAGGCUUUGGAGACAUAGGAUUUGUAAAUCGAGAUUGUUAUACCUAUAUGAAUAGACAAAAGACAUUAAUGAGUGCUGGGGAUUCCCAGAACUUAUUAAACCUUUUCAAAUCUAAACAGGCUGAAGAUUCUCUGUUUUUCUAUACUGUUCAAGUAGAUCAGGAAAACCGCAUAACUAAUUUCUUUUGGAGAGAUGGAAGAUCGAGACUCGAUUAUGAUUGUUUUGGUGAUGUUUUAGCAUUUGACACUACUUGUCGGACAAACAAAUAUAACCUAAUAUGUGCACCCUUUGUUGGUGUUAAUCAUCACUGGCAAAAUGUGAUGUUUGGUUGUGCAUUCAUGUUAGAUGAGACUACAACUUCAUUUGAAUGGUUGUUUAAGUCAUUUUUAGAAUCAAUGGGGAAUAGACCACCAAAGACUAUUUUGACGGAUCAUAAUCAAGCAAUUUCAAAUGCUAUUGAGAUUGUUUUUCCUAAUACCAGACAUUGUUUAUGUCGAUGGCACAUAUUGAAGAGUGUUGCAUCACAAGUGGGGGAUUUAAGUGAAAAUUCAGAGUUCAAAUACCUGUUUAACAAGUGCCUUACGGGUUGUGAAGAAGCUGCAGACUUUCAACAAUCUUGGGAUAAUUUGAUUCAGAAAUACAAUAUUGGGAAUCACAAAUGGUUUAAUACACUAUAUGAAGUUCGAGCCAAGUGGAGCACUGCAUUUACUAAGGAUGUCUUUACAGGUGGAAUAAGUUCUUCCCAAAGAAGUGAAAGUACUGGCAAUGUCCUUGUUGGUUUAGCCAAUGACAUAACAAGUCUUUCUAAAUUUGUGAUUGCUUAUGAAAAAUUAGUGGCUAGUAUGCGAUCCUCUGAGUUUAAUGAAGAUUUUCGCUGUAAACAAGGUGCACAAUCAAAAGUGUUGAAGAAAAGUGGCAUCUUGGGCCAGGCAUCUAAUGUUUACACUAACAAAAUUUAUAAACUGUUUGAGGAGGAGUUACUUGGUAGUAUUGGAACAACAUGGACUGAACUUGUCUCUCGCGAUACUCUUCAUACUUUUGAGGUUCGUGAGGAAGGGAGUCAAAGAGUGUGUACUGUGAAAUUCAAUUCACACAGUGCUGAAAUUUUUUGUUCUUGCAAAAAAUUUGAGUCAUUGGGUAUUUUGUGUUGUCAUGCUUUACGAGUUUUUGGUAUAAAGAAUUUGACUAGGAUUCCUAAUCAAUAUGUUUUGAAACGCUGGACAAAAGAGGCAAAAGGAGGGAUGAUGGGUUAUGAACAAAGUGCACCUCACUCCAUGAAUAGGAAGGAUGAGCUAGUUUGGCGUAAUAGUAUGAUACGCUUUGUUUGCAAUUCUAUAUAUAAGGCUCAAGGUAUGGAUACAGCUAGGAAACUUUGUAUAAAGAAGUUACUUGAGUUUGACAGAGAGAUCGAUGAAGAAGUUGCCAGGUUAAAGUUGGGUGAAGAAAGAAAUUUAGGGACUGAUAUAGCUAAUGAAGGGAAUGAUGCUUGUACACCAGUGUUAUGUCCCUCACAUAUGGAAGAUUUAUCAAGCACUAGACACAAGGGCCAUUGUGAGAAGCGCAAAACAAAUCCAUCAAAGGAAGCAAUAUCUGCAGGAAAAAGCAAACAAUCAAGUCACCCAAUUCUUCUUCCUUCCAUUGACAUCAAUAGUAGGUCACAGAGUAAUAGUUUAUGUGAUCAACAUCAUAUGUACCCCAAUGCACCAUUGUCUACGCAUACUCAGGGUAUGGGUUAUCCAAACAUUCCAUUUACAACCAUGUCGCAAGAUGCCAAUAUAAUGACUUGUAUGAGUCAGGUUGACAUCUCUGUAACAAGGUCUUGAUCUUGCCAUUUUGCUUCUCAAUUUUUGUGUUUCAUGUUAUUAGGAAUCAUCUACAAAUGUACUGUCAGUGUCAUACGAUUUUUCUCAAUCAGGUUCAGUAUCAAGGACAGAAGUGAGCAAUUCCUUCCAAUGCUUUGUUCUUUUCUCUUCUUUGUUACAUGCAUAUUAACUUGGUGUCUUAAUUAUGACAACCCAGAUAAUGGAACCCACCGUAAAUACAAAUUGUGAGAUUUUCCCUAGCAUGGGGCAAUUUAUGCUUGAAAGUGAGAACACAGGGGGAGAUGAAGAAAGUGGAAUAGUUCCUAAAUAGUGGCAUUACUUUUAAUGUAAAUGUUUUUAUACCUGAUCAUUGGAUAAAUAGUAAGAUGUGAUUUUGAUAAAAAUUAUUGAGAUGAUAGUGUUAUGGGCUUUUUUUUUUUUUGUUUUUCUUUUUUGGUCUUAGGAGGAGGGGGGGAAGGAAUAAUGGGUUUUUAUUUUGAGGAAAGUGCUCUUGGCACUUCCAAAAGCAUUGCCAGAGCACUGGUGCUACUUAACUUUUCAGGGUUUGGCUGCAUCCUUUAGUGGGAAGCACUUGGUUGGUUUAGUGAAACUUUUGAAAUGGUGAAAUGUUCAAUAUCUCGCACCUCAUCUCUCUUUCUAAACCAAAGCCUGCUCUCUCUACCAGCAUAAAGCCUACUCCUUACCCUAGUCUUCCUCCUCUUCACAAUUCUCUACUUUAUGCAACUACACGAUAUUUUUCCUUUGACCUGUACAUCUGUCUCGCUUUAUCUCUCUUGCUUUGUGCCUUGAAAAUCUUCAGCAUCCUAAUAUCAAGUAGAGCGGGGCUGUGCAAUUUUUGGUGCAAUGACAAUCUCAUGUGACACAUUGGGUAGGCAAUUCCAAACCAUCCUUACAAGACUGAACUUAUCAUGGGCCCUGCAAAAACUUACCUAGAUAUCUUGCAACAAGGGGCCAAGUCCAAUAACCUAUAUCCUGCAGUGCCUAUCAUUGGAGUGCUCUCAUAUCUCAAAGUAACCGGAUUGUGGUGUGCAAUGUUACAGGUAUGUGAUGAUUCAGUUAGAAGUGGAAAAACAGCGGUAGUACUGAAUCAUACGCGGAGAACUGGCAAAGUGGCAAGGAAUGAAUGGUUGAAUACCAACAAACUGCUAUUUGCAUCCCCUGAUGGAGACUUUUGUGUAUCAUAAAAACCUCUCAUCUGAUUUCUUUAAAAUAAAAAUAAAAAAAAAACAAAGAAACAUGUUAGUGGAACAACCUUUCAAAGAUAUUGGGCUUUGUUAUAAGGUCAACGUAUGUAAACAUCUUAUUAUGCGUUUAUAUUUAGACUUUUUUGUAUUGA